GGGGCGCUGGCCGCGCCCUCGGCGGGGAGCUUCCGGCGCUCCCGGGGCGGGGUGAGGCCGGGCCGAGCGGGCGGCCCCUCUCCAGGCUCCCGCCCCUACGCCGCAGCUUCCCGUGGCCCCGGGGCCCGGCGGAAGGACUCUCCAGGAAAUGGAUCUGCGUAGACCGUGUAUAUCCAGCUGGUGCCAUAAACCAGGAUAACCGCAACGUUAACCCCAGGUUGAAGUUCAGCUUGGAGGGAGCAGAGAGCUGGGCGGGGGCGAGAUGGCCCUGGUGCCCUAUGUGGAGACCGUGGAGAUGGGGCUGCAGAGAUUCCACAAGCCUCUGGCCACCUUCUCCUUUGCAAACCACACGAUACAGAUCCGUCAGGACUGGAGGCAACUGGGAGUCGCAGCGGUGGUUUGGGACGCGGCUGUCGUUCUUGCCACGUAUCUGGAGAUGGGCACUGUGGAACUCAGGGGCUGCUCUGCUGUGGAGCUGGGUGCUGGCACAGGGCUGGUGGGCAUAGUGGCUGCCCUGCUGGGUGCUCACGUGACUAUCACGGAUCGAAAAGUAGCAUUAGAGUUUCUUAAAUCAAAUGUUCAAGCCAAUUUACCACCCCAUAUCCAGCCCAAAGCUGUUGUUAAGGAGCUGACUUGGGGACAAAAUUUGGGGAGUUUUUCACCUGGAGAAUUUGACCUGAUACUUGGAGCUGAUAUCAUAUAUUUAGAAGAAACAUUCACAGAUCUUCUUCAAACAUUGGAGCAUCUCUGUAGCAACCACUCUGUGGUUCUUUUAGCUUGCCGAAUUCGCUAUGAACGGGAUUACAACUUCUUAGCAAUGCUGGAGAGGCAAUUUACUGUGAGUAAGGUUCACUAUGAUUCUGAAAAAGACGUACAUAUUUACAAAGCACAGAGGAGACGCCUGAGAGAGGACUUAUAAUUGGUUCCAAUUUAUAAGAAUGUUGUCACUGAGUGUAUCAAUUAAGGUCUUACAUGGGGAAUAUAAUCAUAUGUAAUAAAGUAGCCCGCUGUACAAGUUUAACCAAAGGUUCUCAAAAGACAAAGCAAAUGGGCAGUUUUAAAACAAAGCAGCACUUUGUCCCAUAGCUGUGACUUCUUUAGUUAUAUUUUACUAACUCUGAAAUUCAGUUAACAUUAAAGGAAAGUGUGAGAUUUUGGUUUGUGUUGUUUCUGUGUCCCAUACGCUCCCUCUCAAAAAACAAUUUUCAUCGAUGCUAUGAUGAAGGGUUGGUGUAAAGAACUUGUUUUGGUGAGGCUAGGUGAUACAAAUCAUUUAAAACACACUGUAAGACAUACGUUUAUCCCAGUUUUCUAAUUUUCUGAGUAUAAGACAAGAAGCUUAAUGUACAUUCCCUAAUCUGUUAAUACUAUUGAAAUCUUUUGUCUGAUGUAUUUAGGCCUUAAGUACUUUUGGUUACUAGA